AUGUUCCACCGUCAUUACCACUCAACUGGCUUCGAUCAGCUCGACGGGCACGGCGGGUACUGGCAGUUCUUUCUCGUCCUAUGGCCCGGCGGUCAAAAAUGUUGGGCCGCGAAGCCGGUCAGCUGGGCUGCACCCCAGACUGCCGAUGUUCGCCUUCUUAUUCCAGAUCCGGUUGAUCUGGGCCUGACCAACGCUUGGGGUCUACACCCGCAAUGGACAAUUUGGCACGGUCAAUGGUUGUUGGGCGCGGCUGUAUCCACCACUUUGACUACAUGCGUCCGCAUUCCGGACCAGGUAGAGGAACGCACCCCCUGCCUCAUCUACAAAGUAUUGUAA